AGCAAAGCCGCGUCAGUGCAAAGGCACGAGCUACGCCGUCAAGCUGACGAUGAUGACAUGACGCUCGGCCUUUUUAUCUUAUCGCCGUUGAUUGUACGUUGCCUUCAUUUAGACGUCGUUGGUUGCCAUCUAAAAAGAAUUGUGCACGCUUUGUUUUUGUAUUCGCGUUUUAUAUCCGGUGCGGAGAAUUCGACAGAAACGUAGACGCAGCAUCCCGUUUCGAAAAGUGUGCUCCGGGACACAGCUGAGCUCUGUAGGUGUUGCGAGGAGAAAGGAGAAGGCCUAUUGCACACACACGCGCGCGCGCGCGUGAAAUCUAUGAGAACUUUUUAUGAAUAAGCGCGAGGUAAUAAAACUGCAGAUAUGCGUGCAAUAUAAUAUACAUGUAUAUACGUGAACAAGUGCGCGGAUAAUGAGUCACGUGCUAGUGAAUAAAAGUACAACGAGCCCACAUUGUAAACGCUGAUGAAUAGUUAAAAAAUAGUUGAUCCGUAGUUAUAUAGCUCGAAAGAAACUUGUAAGAAACUUUUAGUUCCAGAAAAAAAUGAAAUAUUUUAACUUGGUGGAAUUACUAUAACGUUUGCGUGGGAAACGUUUUAUACACGAGCAGGAAAAGCCGCAGGAAGAGACAGCCGUACCGUGACAACCAAUGGCAAUGACCAGGAUUAAUGAAUUGAUGUUGGAGAACAACAGAGAAAAUUCUUCUCUCUGAGCAAGUCUACGUAUAUAGGGAAAGGAAGAACGUUUUCAUGUUCGAAGUUUUUACCUCAUAAUGGAAGUGAAGCCGAUACCAAAACCGCGAUCGGUGCUGACCGAAAACAAGCCAAUACCGGCGCCACGAAAAAUCCUGCCAUCAGUUCGAUCCAGCAGCCCGACUAGCGAGUCCGGCCAGUCCGAAAAGAGCGACGACUUGAAGCCGACUGCGAGCAAUACUACAAACAACGAGAGCUCGCGCAGCAAUCACGAAUUCUUCCGCAGUCUCAGUACGAGCUCGCGCCAGCUGAAAGAUGGAAUCUCAGAAAAGAUGACAGUGAAAGGACGCGCCGUUAUUUCCAGCACGCGCAACGCCAGUAUCCGGCUGGAGAGGUCGGUGAAGAACUUGCUAACGCGACGAUUGUCAUCUUUGAAUCAAGACGACGUGGUAGAUGGUCAGAGUACUGACCAGAAAAAACUUAAAGACUCGGUGGGAGUCGAGGAGGACAGAUGCGUGUCGAUGCCGGCUGACAACAUCUUCAGCAGCAUCUCGUUCUACAGCCCAUUGAGCGGUAAUUUACGCAGCGUGAAAAACGUGGAGGAUUUAUCUGACAGGCACAGUCCGCCACCUCCGAUUUAUCCGCCACCUCCGCUUCCGGACGAGUCUAUCUACGACGAGCUGCAGUCUGUCACAUCGGGAAGUAGCGGCCGAUACGACACGCUCAGUUCUACUGUGUCUGACAAUGUCGAGCGGGACUUCAACCUUUUGAACUUUACACGAAAUCAAGGUAGCGAUUCUUCCGAUCAAAGUCUAAACUUGUCCGACGUCAAUUUAAGUCUGUCACUCGACAAGUUUGAAACCUCCUCUGCCAAAAGGCUAUCGAGGUCAGAUUCUUGGACCUUCUAUGAUGCCACACCUAGCGCGAAAGCCGAAAGUGUAAAUAACGUGGAUAGAAUAUUUAGUGUAGAGGAGGAAGAAAACUUCGAGAAAUCCUUCGAAAAAGAGUUAUCGAUACUCGAUCGAACCUCCUGUGCGUCCAACGAGAGUCAUGCUUCAGUUCAGAAUUCGAUCUACGAGAACCUGUCAUCGCCAAAGAUUGAUUGUCAACAACAACCGACAACGCCUCCCGCGAACACCAGACAACAGAACAGCAAGUCUCUUCUCUACGAAUUUGAUCCGUUUGCGAAAACAUCCGACAAUGAAAACGUCAAGAACAAUAAUGACGAUUUAUUGUUGUUAGAGACAUUGUUAGCGUCCACCAACGAUUCUGGUAGCGUCGACAGCGCGCUGGAGUUUGCAGGCAACGCAGAUAACGAAGGGGAUCAGGAAAAUGAGGAGUUGACUCAUCCUGGCAUUAGUUCGAUACCUCCAGAACCACCGAAAAGGUUCGAUUCCCUUCCCAAGAACGAGUACGACGUAGCGGAAGGAGUGGAGCAACCCGAGAAGAAUCAAGUUUUGAUCAAAAAUCCGCCUCUUUUGCCGAAACUUGCGCACAUGGUAACCAAAAAGCAGCCGGCAGUUCCUCCUAGAAAACCUUCUACAAGAAGAUCUUCUGCGGAUACUUCGCGUUUUCUUCAACCGACUGUCAGCACAACGACAACAACCAUGACGAUGACAAAUAAAGUCGAUGAAGAUACUACCAGUUCUUCAUCGAGAGCCGCCGAUGAUCAUCGCAAAGUAAGUGUGAUACAGAAGCUGAAGAAACUUCGACAUGAGUCUACGGUACAUGCUCUCAAGCCUAAUGUGAUCAGUUUCGUAAAGAGUGGAAGUAAACUGUUGUCCAGGACACGCGAGCACAUGGCCGAGUCCGGUUCGAGGUCACCGCGAAUGGAAAGGCCAAAGGUUAAUGCCCAGCAUAAUCCGGUUACACACAGGGGAAUAGUUUACAGACCUGGAAUGGGCAUUGAGAGGGCUAAGGACCUCGUGCUAAGAGCGGCGGUAUUGCUCGAUCGGAAGUUAUCGUUCUAUACUGACAAGAGCAUGUCUACGCUGAAAGAGGUCGUGGAAUUGGAGACAGUGCACAGUAUUCAUCUACUGCAAGCUGUUAAGUUCGUGGACGACGAGGCGGUACAUUGCUUAGCGAUUAGCAGUGAGGGCAGACCAAGCGUGCAUAUUUUCUAUGCAAAAGGUGUCGCCGAAAGACGGGUCUGGGCCCAGAGAAUUCUCGAGGCCACUACGCCAGUUUUUCCCACAAAGUACACCGCCGAACUUACCCGAGCAGGUUGGGCUUACCUAAAGGAAGGCAUAACGGGCACAUGGUUCCCAGCUUGGAUUCUUCUGCAACAAAGAACUUUGAUUUAUACGAAAUCUUUGGAGACUGCUUUUGCUGUAAAUUUUGAAUACGUGGAUUUGCGUAAAGCGCGCUGCAUUGUGUUGCGGGAACAGGAAGGGCCAAUUGCCGGAUGCGGAGCAGUUCCAGUGGUAGUUGUGGAUGCCGGAGGUAGUGGAGCAUGUGCUUUGCACAUAGCCACGCCGGGAACUCACGAGGCGUCUGCCUGGCGACACGCGCUCUAUCAGGCGGCAACCAACUGCGGCCCUGCUUUAGACCAGCAGCAGCUCACGCAGGACAAUGUGCCUGUCAUCUUGGAUAAAUGCAUCAACUUUAUCUAUGUUCAUGGCAUAAUGUCGGAAGGCAUUUAUCGUCGCAGCGGAUCGACCGCUGCCGUAGUGAAGUUAAUGGGGGCUUUUAGGCAAGAUGCAUGGGCCACGCAAAUCACACGGAAUUUAUACACGGAACACGAUGUCGCAACUGUUCUCAGAAGAUUUAUCCGGGAUUUACCUGACCCAUUGUUUCCUACUAAUAUUCACGAUCGGCUUUGCCUCACUUCCGAAUCGACCAACGAAGAAAACAGAGUAGCAACUUAUCGAAAGUUACUGUCCACUCUAAAUUCCGUGACGUCGGCAACUUUACGUCGGAUUCUGGCGCACCUUCACGUACUCAGCCAACAGAACGCCCGCAACUUAAUGACUGUUGAGAACUUGUCGGCAGUCUGGGGUCCGACUCUGAUGGACGCCAGUGACAUUAGUGCCGAAGAAUGGAAUCGCGCCGAAACUAAGGUUGUCUGUGAUCUCAUCAAAUUAUACCCGAGACUUUAUCAAUUGUCGCCAGCGGACUUGGCCAAGGAAGCAAAGAUGUUGGAAGUUUUGGAGAAGCAUCAUGUGUGUAACAACGGACCGCGAGCCGCACCCUCGGGAGAUCUCAAGAUUUGGAUAUACAUCCUGUCGCCGGACGGAGAGUGCACAAACGUCACCAUCGGGCCACAGAAAACUGCGUUUGAUGUAUGUUGCGAGCUCGCUGACAAAGCCAAUUUGCCAGCUCACGUAUUGUGCUUGGAAGAAUACACGUUGUCUGGUGCAUUGGAGCGACCGUUGCAUCACAACGAACGCGUUCUAGAGACAGUGGCGAGAUGGGGAUAUUGGGAUACGGAUGACAGGAAAGACAAUAUUCUUGUCCUAAAGAUGGAUCGACUGUACAAAGACAUCGUGCCUCUGGUAAAACCGCCUAUGACGAUCUCCGGAGAACUAAAAUUUGCGGAUUCCAGGACAAAAAACUUGAAAACCUACCUCUUUGAAUUUAGCCAGGCAAAACUUUGCUGUUAUAAAGACAAAGUAUGUUCUAUCAAACUUCACGAAUGGAAGAUAGAAGAUAUUAUUUGGUACUUGGGACACGAGUUUAAACGCAAUCCACAAAUGGGCUGGUCUAUCACAUUUAUUUUAAAAAACAAAGCACCGAUGAGAAGUAAGGAUAGCCCAUAUUUCGGAAAUAUCUUGGCAGGUACUUCUAAGGACGAGCAGUAUAAAUGGUUAGCGGCCAUGCUCUUUGGAGAAUAUCAAUUGAAUCUGCGACCUUCCGCGGUGAACCUCAUGGAUCCAUGACUAAUUAUCUUAAAUGCUUCCAAAGUGAUAAGUGAUACUUUCUACCGUGAAUUUUUUUUUGUGCACGUUGUGUAGAGUCUGAAUAAUUUAUAUAUAAAAUCAUGUAUGUACAUAAUGAAAUUUAAAACCAAAUGGUUUUAAUAUUAUAUAGAUUCUUUAUACACACAAUGCUCUAGAAAUGUGAUCUCGUAUAUAAAAUGUUUAGAGUAGUUAACGGCUCGAUUAGUCAGUGAAAACAGCUUGCCAUUUUCACGAACAAUGCUGUGAAAGUUUAUCAUUAUCUUAUUAAGAAGUUAACAAAUAUAUGUCGCGUAACAUAUAUGAUGAAUAUUACAUUAAGUAACAAAUGCCAUUUAUACAAACAGAAAAGCAAUGAGAAAUAUAAACUCGAAUAUG